CAGGUUUAUCUUGAGCUGUUUAAGUGCUUUCUAACACAUCCAGCCUCACUUCUGCUCACAGGGACAGCACGGCGUCCGCCGGGCCGCCGGGAACCUCACACCGGAGGCUCUGGAGCUCCACGGGAACAGGCCGAGGAAAUGUCCAGGAAGUAGAGCUCGGCUGAGAUGUUCACGUUAAACCCGGUGGAAAAUGUCCCGGAGAGGAUCAUGAGGCACCAAAGCACAAUCGUCAGGCAACGGUGAGGACCAGAGGAUUCGGUUCCGAGGUGGAUUCUGCUCGUGUUUACAAAAUGCCCGUGGAGGCGCUCCAGCAUCCGCAGAGGAAGCCGGCAAGAACCGCCGUGGUCGCUUCACCCCCGCGCCUGCGACCCAAGGGGCCGGUGGGGCCGGACCUGUACCGGCAGUGCCUGACGGCGGCGGCGGCAGCGGCGGCGGCCCGGCCGAAGCAGAGCGCCGUGGAGAGACUGGAGGCGGACAAGUCUAAGUAUGUCAAGAGCCAGGUGGCUCUGUCCAAGCAGCAGCCGGUCAGACCUGCCGAGGUCCGCAAGCCUCCGCUGAAUCCCGCCGCCGCCCUGCGGCCCACCAGAAAGACCCCCGCCCAGGUCAAGGCCAAGCAGGAGGGCGUCCAGCUCGACCUGAAGCACCUGAGUAGCCUCAUCAGCGACGUGCACGACGAAACACCGCCGAGCGCCGAGGACAGCGGCGCUCCCGAAGCCGCCACCCCCGCCACCGAACACGUCUCCUCUCCGGCCGGGGCGCAGCAGGUGAAGGAGGAGAGGCCGUGCCCGCCUCCACGCCCCGACUGGUCCAGUCCGGCCAAAGUGAGGUUGAAGUCUUCGGAUCCCGUCCGGGCGGAGGGUCCGGGCCCGUCCGGGUCUCCUGCGGCGGGGACGGUGCGCCGGGUGGACGUCAUGCCUCAGGCCGGCCCGGUGAGGACCGCCUGCCGGCCGCCCCCCCGGUUCGUCCGGCAGCCCCUCCAGCCCAUUCCGCUGCAUUCCCAGCUGCCGCUCCGGCCCGCGGCCUCCAACCUGCGUCUCUUCCAAACCAGGACCGUGGCCGGUUCUUCUCCCCUCAAACCGGUCGUCGCCCCGUCAAAGCCCGACCCCUCUGCCCCGUCUCCUCCCGCUGGAGCUCCGGCCCCCGCUGCGCCUCCCACGACCCUCCCGGCCUUCCCCCCUCCCUCCCCGGCCAUCACCCGUCUGUCCUCCUCCAGCUCCAGGAAGCGUCCGUCGCUGACCCGCUCCAAAUCGGACAUGAGCGACCGGUACUCCCGGGUCGGCACGGACCUGGAGCGCUUCUUCAACCUGUGCGGCCUGGACCCCUCGGACCUGCAGGAGCUGACCCCGGCCGGCUCGGACAUCGUCUCUCUGGCCCGAUUCCGCAGCGUGAGCGCCCCCGGGUCCGAGUGUGCGGGCUCCAACAGAGAGGAGGAAGAGGAGGAGGAGGAGGAGGAGGAUGUGGGUAAAGCUCGCGUUCCCUACGGCGUCUCCGUCAUUGAGAGGAAUGCUCGGGUGAUCAAAUGGCUGUACGGACUCCGGCAGGCCAAGGACAACGCAGCCAAGAGCACCAACUUAUAGGAUGGUGUUAAAAAGCCUAUAAGCUAAAAAUAAAUCAAACGUUGAGUUUAUUUUGAGUUUCGACAGGGUUCCUUUACUGAACUGGCAGACGGAUGCUUUUUGUUUGUCAGGUGACUUUUUCUGAGCCGGUUCCUACUUUCUUUGUUUUUUGCGAAAUUGGAACAUUUGAUGAUGUUUUUUUUUUGCGAUAAAAGUCUUCUCUUCUGUUAUUCUGUGAUUGUUUCCUUUGUUUGAGUCUCACUUUUGGGGCCAUUAAUGUUAUUUUUGCUGCUGUCUGACACUGAAUCUCAUUCUGCUGUGAGUUGAUGGCAUUAAAGAUUAAACUGUGCAAACA